AUGUGUCACCCAGACGACUCAGGGGCCAAAGAGGAGUUCGCCAAACUGGCUGAAGCCUAUGAGGUGCUGAGCGACGAGGUGAAGAGGAAGCAGUACGACACGUACGGAGCGGCGGGACGGACCGGCCAGCAGCAGUACCUCCUAGCCGCCCGGACCAACAUCGAUCCUGAGGAGCUGAUCAGGACAAUCUUUGCAGAGUUCUCCGGAGGAAAGGGCUUCGGAAACAUUAACAUCAUCAUCGAUCAAGGGCUAGAGUUUGUGAUGGAGCUGACCUUUAUAGAGGCAGCAAAGGGAGCAGAUAAAGAGCUGACUCUAAACAUUCAAGACUCCUGUCCACGGUGCAAUGGGAUGGGAAGGGAGCCGGGGACCAUGGUGUCACCGUGCCCCUACUGCAACGGCACCGAGGUGGAGUUGAACAGCACUGGUCCCUUCCUGAUGUACAGCACCUGCCUACGCUGCGGUGGGAAGGGAUCCAUCAUCAUCACGCCCUGCGCUCUGUGCCGAGGGUCGGGUCAGAUGAAGAAGAGGCAGACGGUCACUGUACCUGUACCUGCUGGUGUGGAAGAUGGUCAGACAGUGAGCAUGCCAGUGCGUAAAACAGAUAUCCUCAUCACAUUUAGGAAGUCAGAUCUUUCAAAAUGUCAGAGCAACCUAACGAAGAGACGUCGAGCGGUGAGAUUCCCUCAUGUCUCCUCCUGCUGGUCGCUCCACACCAGCAGCCGGCUGGGAAACAAGCAGGACCUCUAUCAGGUGUUGGGUGUUUCCCGCACCGCCACAAAGAAGGAAAUCAAAAAGUCCUAUUACCAGUUGGCAAAGAAGUGUCACCCAGACGCCAACCCAGACGACCCAGGGGCCGAAGCAAAGUUUGUUAAACUGGCUGAAGCCUAUGAGGUGCUAAGCGACGAGGUGAAGAGGAGGCAAUACGACCACGGUCAAGCCAGCGCCGGCUCGACUGGGGUCCAUCUUGAGGAGCUCUUCAGGACCAUCUUAAGAUGGUUCAUCGGAGGAAUGGGCUUUGGAGAUAGCAUGUUCGAUCAAAGGCCAGAUUUUGUGAUGGAGCUCACCUUUAUAGAGGCAGCAAAGGGAGCAGAUAAAGAGCUGACUCUAAACAUUCAAGACUCCUGUCCACGGUGCAAUGGGAUGGGAAGGGAGCCGGGGACCAUGGUGUUACCAUGCCCCUACUGCAACGGCACCGGGGUGGAGUUGAACAGCACUGGUCCCUUCCUGAUGUACAGCACCUGCCUACGUUGCGGUGGGAAGGGAUCCAUCAUCAUCACGCCCUGCGCUCUGUGCCGAGGGUCGGGUCAGAUGAAGAAGAGGCAGACGGUCACUGUACCUGUACCUGCAGGUGUGGAAGAUGGUCAGACAGUGAGCAUGCCAGUGGGUAAAACAGAUAUCCUCAUCACAUUUAGGGAAUAA